AUGAAGACCAAUGCUCUGUUCCGUGUGGCUGGAGCCCUGCUUCAUCUUUCCCUUGCAAAUGCAGCGGAUGGUGGCGCUUGCUCCAGUGUCCUGACGCCAUCGUACUCGGCACCGGUCGUUGGCUCUGGCUGGACUGCUCAACUGGUUGUCACUGGUCUGACAAAGCCGCGGGGCAUCAUCUGGGACAGCAAUGGACAUUUGCUGGUCGUGCAGCAAGGUGUAGGAAUCACUGGAAUCUCCUUCAAUGACAACGGCACUACUUGCUUGGAAGUCGCCGGAUCUGGCACCAUUAUUGACAAUCCUGACUUGAAUCACGGAAUUGCCUUUUCGAAUGACGGCAAAACACUCUUCGCUUCGUCCUCGGAUGAUGUCUACGCAUGGCCCUACGACGCAAGCUCUGGCACGGUCGACGGCGAACAGCGUACAGUCGUCCAGAACCUUGGAGGUACUGGCCACACAACUCGAACCCUGCUCAUGACCUCCAACAACCAGCUUCUUGUUUCAAAGGGCAGUGGAGAGAAUGUUGACCUCCGGGCCCAGGAUAUGUCUACGGGAGUUUCACAGAUCAGAGCAUUCAACAUGACAAGCCUACCCGAUUCACCUUAUGAUUACGCCUCCACUGGGAUCAGAUUGGGAUGGGGGCUAAGAAACUCGGUGGGCAUUGCAGAGGAGCCAACCACCGGUGGCAUUUUCAGCGUCGAGAACUCGGUGGACCAGAUCAGCAGAGAUGGCACUGAUGUCCAUCAGGACAAUCCCGGAGAGGAGUUGAAUUUCCACGGCUUCCUCAAUGGAACAACCGAGCAUCAGGGUGGCAAUUACGGCUACCCCGAUUGCUUCGCCCUUUGGGACACCAACAUUCCCGAUGUUGGCACCAUGGCUGUCGGCAGCCAAUUCUCACCUAGUCAGAACGCGACUUUGAACGAUACAACAUGCAACAACGAUCGAGUCACGCCUCGACUUACAUUCCAAGCGCACAUGGCGCCCUUGGAUAUAAUCUUUACGCCCGACGGGAGUACCGCCUAUGUCUCAUUUCAUGGCAGUUGGGAUCGAGAUGACCCAGCUGGCUAUAUGGUUUCUAGCAUCGCCUACGCGAACGGGCAGCCUGUUGAAGACUCUGUGUCGAUACAUUCGCUGAGAAAUGUACUGUCAAACGCUGACAACAGCGCCUGUCCAGAUGGCUGUUUCCGGCCCGUUGGACUCGCACUUGACUCUCAAGGUCGCCUCUACAUGACCUCUGAUUCUACAGGCGAAAUAUACGUGCUUGCUCAGGCCGAGAUGACAGCAACGGGCGACUCAACAUCAACCGGCACUUUUAUUACUCCCUCGUCCACGGCUAGUGGCGAUUCCAGCUCUGCAGGGCAUAGCAUAUAUGCACGAGGGUCGAUCGAGGGCUCCAAGUCUGGAGGAUCGAAACUAUUGAUAUAUACGAUUUCUCUUGUCAUCAUGUGCAUCUUGUUCGUCCGUACCAUGUAG